AUGAGUCAAAAUAAUGUUCAUCAUCGAAAACGAGUCGUACGUCGGCAUUAUAAUCUCACCGAUGAUAAACAACAUAUACAAGAUGAAUCAUUAACUAUCUUUGAUAAACAACAACAACAACAACAACAAGAGCUGCAAGAACAACAACAUCGUGCGUCUUUUUUCCGAAAAAAACCGGGAGGAUUGAUAUGUACGAUAUGCGAUGGACCUGCACAUGGUUAUAAUUUUGAUGCUGUUACUUGUGAAUCUUGUAAAGCAUUUUUUCGACGAAAUGCUUUAAAAUUUGACGAAAAAGUUAAAUGUCGAAUAAAUGAUGGUAAUUGUAUUAUAAAUAUGACAACAAGAAAACGAUGUAAAGCUUGUCGAUUAGCCAAAUGUUUUGAACAAGGUAUGAGAGCAGAUUGGAUAUUAACAGAUGAAGAACGUAUGAAUAAAAGACGAAAAAUUGAAGAAAACCGUCGUCUUCGUAAAUUAGUAUAUCCUGAUUCAGCAGAUUCAGAUGACGUCUCGAAAUCACCAUAUGUUGAUUUAAAAAGUGAACUAAUGGAAAGUGAUAAUAAAGAAUAUUCUACUGUUUCAACUUCUAUAUUAUCUUCAGAAGAUUUAUUUAAAAUUGAACAAAUUAAACACGCAUAUGCAGAUUCAGUUCGUCUUACAUCAUUACCACGUGAAAUUCCUUCGUAUCCUAACACAACAAAACUAAAUUUUCCGUUUGAAAUGAUCAACCUUCCUUCAAAUCUUCAAGCAUCACGUCUUAUUACAUUUUUAAAACUUAUCCCUGAAUUUUCAUCAUUGGAUGAACAUGAUAAACUAGUUUUAAUUAAACAUAAUACAUUUCCAUUAUUAUUUAUACGUUCAGCAUUGGUAUAUAAUCGUUCUACAGAUAGUUAUUAUGAUCAAGGCACAGACGAUUGUGUAUUCUCUGGUAAAGAUUUAAUCCAAUGUUUUAGUCUAGAUCAAUACGAAAAAUCAACACGUUGUGUAUGUCGCGUAAUGGAUGCUUCACAAAAUGAUCCUUUUGUAGUACAAAUAUUUUUAUUAAUUAUGAUAUUAUCCAAAGGUUCAUCCGUAUGUACAUAUACUGAAGAAUUUGAACCUGUAGCAAAUAAUAUCCAAUCAUUAUUUCAUACACAAAAUAUUUUUGUUAAUUUAUUAUUAAAAUAUUGUGAAAGUAAAUUUGGUUAUACUCAAACAGUUCAUAUUUGGUUAAAACUUGUUAUGUCAUCAAUAGAUGCACAUUUACAAUCACAUAAUACUCGGUAUGAUUUUGUUAAAAAAGAUGAUGUUGCAGAGCAACUUGUCCCGUUAAUGAAAUCCGUUUUAUUAAACGCUUGA